AACAGAGCCGCCACCACCAUUGCUACAGUAGCAGCCGUGUUCCCGCCUCGGAGCGACCUUCGUGUUUCUCAUUGUGUCGCCCAGAUGGCGUUAGGAGAUACUCAACAGUGGCUCCCUCUAAAAACAUUAGAAAUCAAAUAGAACACGUGGUCGUAUUCCCAACGUUUGGUACCGUUGUAAACAAAGUUGUAUUCUAUGCUGUGGGGCAGCAUCCGGCACCGCCGGUUGACUUAAUUUCUGGCUCGAAGAGGAACCUGAAAGAAGUGCUAACAAUUAAAUUGGCGGGCUGCGAGAGAUGGCGCCAAAGAGACCACUGGCCUUUCUGUGACGACCCACGCUCAAACAAGUUAGCAGCGCGGCAGUUGAGGCGGUCGACAAUCCUGCGCAUACAUGACACAAAUCCUAAUCGGGUGUAUCCUAAGCAGUUUAUUUUUUCAAUCUGUGCCCAAAUAUCGUGGAAACGAGUAUUAUUAUUAAGAUACCUGAUAAUCAUCGCACUGCUUUCAAAAGAAGUCAGAACCGUCCACGCGCAUCAAUAGAGCUUUUGAUUCGCGGGACCGACACCGCAAUGUACGUCUUUAAGCGUGGUGGGCGCAAGGAGCCCGUGCACUUCGACAAGAUUACUUCUAGGAUCUCUAAAUUGUGUUAUGGAUUAAACAUGGAUUUUAUUGAUCCGACUCAAAUCACACAAAAAGUGAUUCAAGGCCUUUAUGCUGGGGUUACAACCAAAGAGCUCGACGAUCUUGCAGCAGAAACGGCAGCCACAAUGACGACCCAGCAUCCGGACUAUGCGGUUUUAGCGGCCCGUAUUGCAAUUUCGAAUCUUCAUAAAGAGACUAAGAAGCAGUUUUCAGAGAUUAUAAGCAUGCUGCGCUUUGUGACACAGAGCAAAACUGGCAAGCCAAUGCCCAUGAUCUCAAAAGAAGUCUACGAUAUCGUCAUAGCAAAUAAAGAUGAACUCGAUGCUGCUAUCGUCUACAAUCGUGAUUUCAACUACAAUUAUUUCGGCUUUCGUACAUUGGAGCGCUCAUAUCUGCUUAAAAUUGAUGGAAAAGUGGUUGAGCGACCACAACACAUGCUCAUGCGUGUAGCUGUUGGUAUUCACGGCACUGACAUCGACGCUGCCAUAGAAACAUAUAAUCUGAUGAGUGAAAAGUGGUUCACGCACGCCAGCCCGACGUUGUUCAAUGCCGGCACCUGUAGGCCGCAGCUGAGUUCCUGCUUUUUGCUUACCAUGAAAGAUGAUUCUAUCGAAGGAAUCUACGACACACUUCGUCAAUGUGCUCUUAUUUCGAAGUCUGCUGGCGGGGUCGGUAUGAAUAUCCAUUGUAUCCGACCUGCCGGAUCGUAUAUAGCAGGCACUAACGGAACAUCGAAUGGCAUUGUGCCAAUGCUUCGUGUGUACAAUAACACAGCGCGAUAUGUUGACCAGGGAGGUAAUAAGAGGCCGGGUGCUUUUGCGAUCUAUUUGGAACCAUGGCAUGCCGAUAUCUUUGAAUUCCUCGAUUUGCGCAAGAAUACUGGUAUUGAAGAACACAGAGCUCGUGAUCUUUUCUAUGGCCUUUGGGUACCUGACCUGUUUAUGCGUCGAGUCGAGGAAAAUGGCCAGUGGUCUUUGAUGUGCUCCAAUCAAUGUCCGGGGCUGAGCGACUGUUGGGGAAAGGAGUUCGAAAAACUCUACGAGCAAUAUGAACGCGAGGGCCGCUUCAUGCGCCAGGUAGAAGCCCAGAAACUUUGGUAUGCCAUUCUCGAAAGUCAAAUUGAAACAGGCACACCUUACAUCUUAUAUAAAGAUGCUUGUAACCAAAAGAGCAAUCAGCAAAAUCUUGGAACAAUCAAGUGCUCUAAUUUAUGUACGGAAAUAAUCGAGUAUUCCUCUCCUGAUGAAAUCGCAGUUUGCAACCUUGCGUCACUCGCACUCAAUCGCUUUGUCAAUGAAGGCAAGUUUGACUUUGGAAAACUCAAAGAGGUUACUAAAGUUGUGACACGAAACCUCAACAAGAUUAUCGAUGUUAACUACUAUCCAGUUCCAGAAGCAGAGCAUAGCAAUAAACGUCAUCGACCGAUUGGAAUUGGAGUCCAAGGGCUUGCCGACACUUUCAUCAUAUUGCGUUUACCGUUUGACAGUCCCGAAGCAAUGGAACUUAACAAACUAAUCUUUGAGACUAUCUACUACGGCGCUUUGGAAGCAAGCUGUGAUAUUGCGAAGGUGGAAGGCACGUAUGAAACUUACGAGGGUUCGCCUGUAUCUAAAGGUAUAUUGCAAUAUGAUAUGUGGGGCGUCACUCCCAGUUCUCUUUGGGACUGGGCCGCGCUAAAAGCUAAGAUUGCUAAAUAUGGUGUGCGCAAUAGCCUCCUAUUGGCACCUAUGCCCACUGCAUCGACCGCCCAGAUUCUUGGCAACAAUGAAUCCAUAGAACCAUAUACGAGCAACGCGUACUCACGUCGAGUGUUAUCAGGUGAGUUUCAAGUGGUCAAUCAUCAUCUACUUAAAGAUCUAACAGAAUUAGGACUUUGGAAUGAGUCGAUGCGCAACGAAUUGGUUGCUUAUAAUGGGUCAGUCCAGAGGCUUGACAUUCCAAAAAACCUUAAGUUGCUCUACCGUACCGUAUGGGAGAUACCACAGAAAAAUAUCAUCAAGAUGGCUGCUGAUCGUGGAGCCUUCAUCGAUCAGAGUCAAUCACUAAAUGUCCAUCUAGCUGAAACCAAUUAUGGCAAGUUAACCUCGAUGCACUUCUAUGGCUGGAAACUUGGUCUCAAGACCGGAAUGUACUACCUGCGUACGAAGCCUGCAGCUCAAGCGAUUCAGUUCACUGUAGACAAGACGAAGAUCAAGGCCAAGAACGCUGAGGCGAUGGUAUGUUCGCUUACAAACAAAGAAGCUUGUAUGAGCUGUUCUGGUUAGAAGACUACUUUUCUGAUAAUACUUCACUGUAUAUACAUACUACAUAUUGAACGUUAAGUAAUGAAAAACACAAAUAGUUAGUAAUCUUGGAUUCUAUUUUAACAUUAUAUAUUAGCUAAAGGUAGGAAAAUAAUUAAAAUGUUUGGGUUCCAGUUUGAACGAGCUUCUGUUUGGCUAGGUUCUUGAUCCCAAAUAGACGGACCAACAAAUAAUGUUAUAAUCAAUAAAACCUUUUCUUCUAUUCCAUGCAGGUAAAAACGUAUUCAAAUCAUAUCAUAUAUAUCUUAUUACAUGAAUGUCUACGGAUUAACAAGUUGUGAAUAAUAUCUUCGUUGAAUUUAUUAAAAUUUACCGCUACCGUAAACAUAAACAUAUUGGAUUUUUUUUUGCUUAUUGAAUUUGGAUUCUUUUGGCUUACAGAUAGCGUCAUAUAUCAUUACUCUUCUUUUGCUCUAUUAAUCAUUGUUUGGUUCACGAAACUUUGCCUUGAGAUUGAACUCCAGUAAUAAACGUUUCGAGUAAAAAAGAAUUUACGGAUACCAAUUUCUUCUGAUAUCAGAAGGCUGCUUAUUCGACCACGGAAAUCUUUUUUGCGUACUGUAUGAGCAUGGUAGCCAAAGGUUCUUCUAAUAAUAAUUCCUGUGAAAAGAUAACUGGACGUGACUCUGGGCGAUACUAGUUAAAUUAAAGAGUGCAUUUUCUUUCCAAAAAUGUUAUUUUUAUAUUUAGCAAUUCAUUUUUUAAAAUUACCUUUACCUAUUGAACCCCUGUCGUACACGCCACAGCUGUCCCGAGUUAUUCUGGCGGUUUUUUAGCCUCGAUGACGAAAUGUCUAAGAUACUCGUUUUUAGCAUGAGGUAUACAUGCAAAACUUAUGACUUUAGAAUUCGAACGAAAUGAUGACAAGAGCCUUGGAGAAUAAAGCAAAGCUCUUGCAUGCUAGUCAAUGUUUUACCUUUAGUAAACGAACCAUUCGAAAUGGAAGCCAAUAUAUAAGGUCGGCCAUUAUUUUCUAAACUACCUGAGUGAUGUCGUUUCUGGGCAUUCGUUGAAUACGUUGAUUUCGAUUUGAAAGUCGUUACUAAAAGUGUUUCAGUUUCGAAGUUUGCUGUGAACUAGAUGAAGAACAACCACCAGUAUCGUAUGAGUAAACAUAUUGUGUACAGCCAACCUAGAAUUUUUAGAAAGCUUUCCCUAAUAAAAAUGCACUGUAAAAUCAAAAAAUUGACUGCGGGUUAAUGUGUACCGACAAAAUUUGAAAACUCUCGCUCAUCCAUUUGAAUAAAAAGUUUUUUAUCGUCAGAACAGUCCUU